GUUCGGUAGUCUCACGAGAAACUUCUGUAGUGACUUAUCAACGCAAUGUUGGUGGUUACCGUAACCCUUGUUGUAGUAGUUAUUGUUCAAAGUGCUCAAUGCAAGACAGGAUCCUGCAAUCUGUCGUUGCAGAAGGACUUGAGUCAGAACGAGCCUCUGGUCCUGACUGUUGUCCAGGAUAACUUGGAAUGGAUUAUGCCUGAGGUGAGGAACAAUCAGGGAGUGAUAUCUCUCGAGACAGGGAAGCACUUGGUGAUAGCUUGUCCGGGGAGUAAGAACAACGUGAAAGCCAACGGCGAAGAGACAGCUUAUGUCAAGUGCGACCGAGGAAGCCUCAAAAUCGGCUCCAAGCGUGUGGCCGAGGGAGGACUGCGCUGCUCUCACUCUAUCGCUGAUUCCGAGAUUUGGAUAUCACAGCUGAGCUGCGGCAGCGGAAUUUACAAGGGCACCGUGAUACAACUCGGCUAUCAGGUGAUGAAGGAAUGGCUCCCUUUGGUGGAGGUUUGUCACAACAUCUCGCGUGGAGUCACUCUCUACACCUACCACCCUCUCGCGGGACACUCCAUCGAAGGUGCGGUCAAGUCCAACCAGCGGGGGAAUUUCAAGAUAGGACCAACGGAACUGUUUCCUGGAAUCAGUCCGAAUACGCUCUAUACACAGAAACGACAAAAGGAAGUAUUUAAGAAGAUUCUUGGCAGUAGCUCAUACCUAAAUGGAAGCAAUUUCUUAGCCAAAGGUCACCUUUCCCCGGAUGCCGACUUCAUCUUCAACUCCGGACAGAUGCUGACUUACUACUAUGUGAAUGCCGCGCCACAGUGGCAGAAGUUCAAUGCUGGUAACUGGAUAUCCGUCGAGAACGCCGUCAGGCGUCUCUCAGCUCAGGUCGAUGACAAGCUGGACGUGUACACAGGCACCUACGGCGUACUUAAGUUGAAAAACAAUAAGGGACAAGAGAGGAUGAUAUAUUUGGAACCCACCAAGAAACUAGUUCCGGUGCCUGAGGUGUUCUGGAAGCUGGUGCGCCACGAGGGGUCCAGCUCUUGCACUGUGGUGGUGGGCUACAAUAACGUGUUCCUAACCAAACCACCCUCCACGCUCUGCUCCCCCGCCGACCCCUCAGGCUGGCCCAAGCUUACAGAUCUCCGCAAGGGCUACAUCUACUACUGCGACUACCACAGCUUCUCGGAGACUGUUACCUACGUCCCGCAGGUGGAAUGUGACGGUCUUCUAGAAUUUCCAUCGUGAAAUGUUUAUUGGACCGAGAUUUGUCACCGGAAUAUUCGUACUACUGAUUACCAAUAACUGUUAUUAUGUUAAGUUAAAUAAGAUUUAAGAGUUUCAUGAGAA